AUGCAUGCCCAUGCCACAUUCGUCUCCUCCACCUCCCCGUCCUUCUCCUCCAACCGCUCUUCCUUCUUUCCCUCCUCUUCCUUCUCCUCACCCACUGCACUCUUCCACCUUGCCCUCCUCAUCACCUUUGCUCCUCUCAGCCCUCGUCAUUUCUUCCUCUUUCCAUUGCUGCUCCAUCUCUUCUCCCAUCUCUCUUCCCUUCUCGCCUUUCUUUCUCCACCCUUGUCCUCGCCUAACCACUGGUUUCCAUCCACCUCCCUAUCACCCACUGUCCUGACCACGCUCUUCCCCCACUCUUGCACCUCUUCUCCCACUCCUGCACCUCUUCCCCCACUCCUGCACCUCUUCCCUGCAUGCUUCCUACUCUACCCCCGCCCGCCCCUCCUCCCCCCUACCCUCCAUCCCACCUUCCCUGCGGUUGGGAUGGGAUGGGCGCACUCCCUCCCGCCCCCUCACCUGCCCCAGGCACCCCUUCCACUUGGUGGGGUGCGGAAAUUUGACGUGCCGGAGGACAUUGAUGCGGGGGAGGAGAUGGGUGUGAGGGAGGAGAUGGGUGUGAGGGAGGAGAUGGGUGUGAGGGAGGAGAUGGGUGUGAGGGAGGAGAUGGGUGUGAGGGAGGAGAUGGGUGUGAGGGAGGAGAUGGGUGUGAGGGAGGAGAUGGGUGCAGUGCAGCGAGGGGUGUGGAUGCAAUCACCAAGGCAAGGUGUCAGGCGCUCCUCCGCGGCCCCCUCUUGCGCCCCUCCUCUGGUCCCUGGUGGCGCGCUUUCCCCCUUUCCCUCUCUCCCGCCCUUCCUCACCCCUCCGCCUGCCCCUUCCCCCAUCCUCCGCACUCCUGCUCCGCUCCCUGUCGCCUCGUUUCCGCCAAACCCAAACUCCACGCGCCCGCAUUCCCCCUUCCCCCUCCCCUACCUACGCCUCCCCUCCCCGCUCCGCCUCCCCUUCCCAGUGAGUGAGGCCGGCCGCCACUGCUAA